ACCAAUGGGGAUGACGCUUUGCCAGGCUGAAUGGAUCCUGCUUUGCUGAUUGGUGUCUGUAAAAACACUUUAAAAGUGAUCAUCUAAAGUCGACUGUGACACUCCUAGAGGGGGAAAGGGCACCGUCAGCAGUCAGAUUCAUGCUCGUGCUGCUGCUGUGGACAGACCCCCUGUAACACUGCUGCAAUCUUUCUGUAUUUUGGAGAAAACGCAAGGCUCAGAGGAAGAUCUCCAGAGAAUUGAAAGGGAUCCUGGAGCUUGAGGACAGCAGCAGAACAUCUCCACGGGAUGGUUCUUAAAGUGGCCCUGCUAGGCUGCGUGGGUGUCGUCUGGCUGCUGAGGUUGGGGGUGGAGGGGGCAGAUGCUGGAGAUGGACGCAAAGGAAGGGAACCGGUGUCUGCAGAAAGACUGAUUCAUCUGGGAGGGAGAUGCGGCUCCUUGUGUCCCCUCAUACACGCCAACAUCAACCUCACCGGCAUUGGCAGUGCCAGGUCCAUUUUUGAGUUCAGAACCCUGGACCCCGAGGGGCUGGUAUUUUAUGGGGACACACAAGGGGGCGCUGACUGGUUUGUGCUGGUGCUACGAGGGGGCGUGCCCGAAAUGCAGAUCAAGAAGGCGGACAUCCUGAGCAUGGUGUCCGGGGGCCCCAGGCUAAACGACGGAGAGUGGCAUCAGCUGGAGGUUCGCAGUGAGGGGAAGAUUGUGGUUCUGGAGGUGGACCAGCAGGUGGCGCUGUUGGUAGGGCUUGACUCCCCACUGGCCAGGGUACAAGGCGACAUGACGGGGCAGAUACGCCUUUCCCUGGGCAGGAUGCUGAGGCAAGAGAAAGAGCUUUUUGAACCGCUGGUGCUGGCGAUGGACGGUUGCAUUCGACGGGGUAUCUGGCUGAACCUCAGUGACCCGUGGGUGGCGGACCUUGACCCAAACGCUUACUCCUGUUUUCCUGACAUUCAACCAGGAAGCUACUUUUCGGGGGAAGGCUUGGUGGUGUUCAACACCUCUGACUCCCUCUCUCUUCCUCCCCCCCCAUUCCCAUCACAGAGCAGGGACAACAUAAUUGUAGAAGUGGAAGGACACAUGGAGGAUUGGACUGGGUCUUUCCUGAACAUCCAAACCCAAAGCCAUAAGUCCCUGGUCACCGUCACUGUCAGAAAUCAGACAAAGCAACUGGAAAUAAAAGUGGACACACUGACUCACGUUAUGCCACUGGUCGCGGGUGAGAAUUCUCUGUCCCUGAACCUCUCGAGGCACCAGAUCGACGUCCACUACGGAACCACGAAUUUCAUAAUAAAGCAAACACCCCCGGGCGACCCACAGGAUUGGCUGGCAGAGUGGGACAAAGGAUUGUUCCUGGCUUUCGGGGGGGUGAUGGGUGGCUCCCUCCACAGCGGCUCUGAGUACUUACACGGCUGCAUAGGCAAGAUUAAAGUCCAGGACCGGGAAGUGGAUCUGGACCGGGCCCUGUACACACACGCCUCCGUCACGUCCCACAGCUGUCCCGGCCCCUCAGACUGACGCGUGCCCACCCACAGAGUGAGGGACCUCCGGGUCAAACCACAACGGCAAUAAGUUCAUCAAAAAAAAAUUAAGGAAUAAAGAAAAGAAGAAAAUAUUUCUUGGCUUAAUACUGAACAAAGUGUACUAAAAAAGGUUCUGAAAUGAUUUACCUUAAUAAUAAACAACAGUAACAUAAAAAGACCAAAAAUAUAUUUGUAGAAAUAAUUAACCAAAUAAAGUUCAUACUUUUUUAAAUUGUCAAAA